AAAAUAUUUCCUUUUUGGAGCAUGAGACUUGUAUGGUAGUUUCAGAAUAAGUUUAACCUCAAUAAUACUUGGCAUUAUUGUCAAGAUUAAACUUUAGAUAAGAAAAAGCAUAUCAGUUCUCUAAAAUUUCAAAUUUUCGCUUAUUGUUUUUAUGACCUCAAUGAGCAGCGAUCAACCAAUGGAAUCGUCGAUGAGUAGUGCCACAUCAAUGGCAUUCCGAAACUGGCAAAUGUCAAAUAAUAUCGAAUCAUUAGAAACUAUCUAUCAGUACGACUCAGCUGAACAACAAGCUAUACGGGCUGUGAAGCCGUGGGAAAAAGAUCCUCAUUAUUUCAAAGAAAUCAAAAUUGCUGCACUGGCUUUGUUGAAAAUGGUAAUGCAUGCAAGGAGUGGUGGUAAUUUGGAAGUAAUGGGAUUAGUGCAGGGUAAAGUGGAUGCAAAUACACUGGUCGUGGUGGACAGUUUUGCUUUGCCUGUGGAAGGUACUGAAACGCGAGUGAACGCUCAAGCUCAAGCGUACGAAUACAUGACGACAUAUACAGAUAGUUCAGAAGCAGUGGGAAGACUUCAUAAGGUUGUAGGAUGGUACCACAGUCAUCCAGGAUACGGAUGUUGGUUAAGUGGAAUUGACGUAUCAACUCAGGCUCUCAAUCAACAAUUCCAGGAGCCGUUCGUAGCUAUUGUGGUUGAUCCUAUCCGAACAAUGUCAGCAGGAAAAGUAGAACUUGGUGCUUUCCGAACUUACCCAAAGGGUUAUAAGCCUCCUGACGAGGUUCCUUCAGAAUAUCAGUCGAUUCCUUUAAAUAAAAUUGAAGACUUUGGAGUUCAUUGCAAACAGUAUUAUCCCUUGGAAGUAUCUUAUUUCAAAUCAUCUUUGGAUGCACGUCUCUUGGAUUCUCUGUGGAACACUUACUGGGUUAGCACUUUGUCCAGCAAUUCACUGAUCACCAACUCUUCAUACAUUACGUCGCAGAUCAAUGAUCUCGCUCAAAAGUUACAGAAUGUAAGCAAGUGCAAAAAUAUUCAAGGGCCGCGUUCACUAGAUUCAACAAUAGCAGAUAAAUUAUCGAAGAUAAUUAAAGACACAAGAAAGGUAAGUUGUGAAGUUACGCACGGAAUGAUGGUUCAAAUGAUCAAGAAUGCAUUAUUUAACCACGCUUUUUUUUCCUCUUCAGAAGUAGAAAAAGCAUUAGGUGGUUCCGAUGAAACAGGAUCCAUAAAAUUCACCAAAAUGUGAGUAUAGUGAUUUACCAAUUCUGGAAAUGGUUGUACUGUAUAACUGUCGACGAAUUUAAACAUUUUAAAGGUAUGUACUACAAGAAAUAAAUUUCAUAUCAGUGAUAUCGACAGAUAUACACAUUACAAGCAGUUAAUGCAUUUUUGCUUGUACAGCAAGCGACGGAAAGAAAAAGAAAUCCCUCAACAAGUAAAGCAUCCGUUAGGAUUACGAAUUUGUCGACGUUUCUCUGUCG